GAAUCAAGAAAUCACAACAUAUUCAUCUACCCCUUGCUGUAUCUUCCUUCUUUUUCAACAUUUUCUUGAAAACGUGACAAACAUGGCUCGUGGCCCCAAGAAGCAUUUGAAGCGUCUUAACGCCCCCAAGGCAUGGAUGUUGGAUAAACUCGGGGGUGUGUUCGCCCCACGUCCAUCCCAGGGCCCCCACAAGCUGAGGGAGUCCCUGCCAUUGGUGAUUUUCCUUCGCAAUCGCCUAAAGUAUGCCCUGACCAACAAUGAAGUCACCAAGAUUGUUAUGCAGCGCCUCAUUAAGGUUGACGGAAAGGUCCGUACAGAUCCCAACUUCCCUGCUGGCUUCAUGGAUGUUGUGUCUAUUGAGAAGACCGGAGAGUUCUUCCGGUUGAUCUACGAUGUGAAGGGACGUUUCACAAUCCAUCGUAUCUCCGCGGAGGAAGCCAAGUACAAGUUGUGCAAGGUGCGCAAGGUACAGGUUGGACCCAAGAACAUUCCCUUCUUGGUUACUCACGAUGGACGUACGAUCCGCUACCCAGACCCUGUAAUUAAGGUCAACGACACCAUUCAGUUGGACAUUGCCUCCACCAAGAUCACGGAUCACAUUAAAUUUGAUUCAGGAAAUCUCUGCAUGAUCACCGGAGGUCGCAAUUUGGGUCGUGUUGGUACUGUCGUCAAUCGCGAACGGCACCCGGGAUCCUUCGACAUUGUCCACAUUAAGGAUAGUCAGGGACAUAUGUUCGCCACGCGUCUCUCCAACGUCUUCAUCAUCGGCAAAGGCGCCAAGACGUACAUCUCGCUGCCAAAGGGCAAGGGUGUGAAGCUCAGCAUUGCCGAGGAGCGCGACAAGAGGCUCGCGGCAAAGAAGGCACACUAAACACCCACAUUGAGCCCCAUUUGGUUAACAUUGCGGGGGUUUUAAUAAAAGGAAGGAGAAAAUUAUAAAAAAA